CGGGGCGGGGGCGCGGGGCGAGACACGACCGAGAGGGGAGCGGCGCGCCACGCCACCGCAUACCGUUGCGACGGCGUCAUAUUCGCUCAACGUCACGGUGAGCGCCGUGCGACCCAUUUAUUUCACAUUACAUAAGCUAAAAUGAACUGGAACGAUGACGAUUUAAUAGAGCAAGUCAAGAAAUAUCCUGUACUGUACCGGGAUAAAAGGAAACAUUACAAGAAUAUCAUAAAGAAGGGUAAUUGUUGGAUACAGAUCGCUGCUGCUUUGAACAAGACACCCGAAGAAUGUAAAUCAAAAUGGCGGAAUAUACGGGAUAGCUACUUAAAGAAUCAAAAGAAAAAACUGGCAGGCGACGCCCCAUCGAAUUCCAAAUACUUCGAUGAAAAACUAAACUUUCUAUCAGAGGCUUAUGACACUGGAGAUACUUCGAACAAUAUAUCUGCUGAUGAGAGUCCAAGUCCACCCUCGACUCAUAUCGAGUCAUUUGACAUCGUUGUUAAAGAAGAAUACGAUGUAUUUGCAGAAGAACCACCAACAGAAUCAAAUUUUGUCUACAGUCCUGGAAAUUCUGAACAUCGGGAAGACAAUCUACCAAUCAUUACUUCUGUAACACCUGCUGCAUCAAAGAAGGUAACUCCAGCUGCAAGAAGAGCGUACAAACGAAAGCUAGACACUAUUGUAGACGAAAUGAAAAAGGACAGAGAAGAGAGGAAUCAAAUUCUAAAAAGUCUAGUAGAUAGAAAUACGCCGAAUACGAGUGGACAAUCAUCUACCCAUAAAUUCUUCUCGUGUAUGGCUGAUAUUGUUAGUAAUUUUCCACUAGAAAAGAUUGCAGAAAUACGAAUGAAAAUUUAUAGCAUGGUCAAUGAUAUGGAACUUAGUAUAAUGAAGGAAAAGGGCCAAUAGGUUUAAGGUAAUUAUUGUCAGUAAGUCAUUAAUUAAUAAUAGGAUGUGUUUUAAAAGACUUAUUUCUGCCCCACACCUCAUUUCAAGUUCAACUUUCUUGGGGUUGGUACUUUUUCUACAUUUUAAAACUCCGUUUUAAUAAGAUCUCCUUUCUGUUGUCUGUCUCUUUCAUUGUUCUUAUCUUAUAUCUAUUUAAUUUUUUUAUAAAAGACAAUUAGUUUUUAAGUUCUUUAAAAUUCGUUAAUGUAGGAUUCAAUCCGACGUUUUACUAAAUGUGAUUCGAUUGUUAAUUGAUUUGAUUUUAAUGAAUAAAUGUUUAUAGACUGUUUGCUG